AUGUCUUCGAAGAAGAGAGAAGAUUUGGUUAUUCCUUACCAUCAUGUUCCCAUUAAAACAAAGCCUGAAGCCAGUGCCAUGAUCGCCCAAACGUUACCAAUGGCAGCUAUGUUCAUGAGAAACAAGUUAUUAUCUUGGUCGUCGCUAUUCCUUGCCGUUCAAGCAUAUUUGAACGAACCUGUUUACAAGGUGAAAUCCGAAAGUUCUGCUGACCAACCACCUUUACUAAGAAUCGUGUUUGCUUUGGUUUCAUUGGCUACAUGCUAUAUAGAUUUGAUUAUCCCAUCUACUAGUGCUACUGCUAAGAAGGCCUCAAAUCUUGCGUCCAUGGUAUCUGAAACUGUAAGCACCAUUGCCAGUUCUGCUACUGAAUAG